AUGUCUCAUUAAGAAAAUUUCUAGGGCAUAGAAGAAGGAGUUUCAGCAGCUGCUCCUCAUUAGCACCAAAGCAGUGAGAAUUCUAUGGAAUAAGAAGAACAUAAGGAUAAUAUCGUUUUAGAUUAGGGAGCUGCAGCAGCUGGAGUUAUUAUAGAAGCUAACAAUAGCGGAGAUAUGGAAGAAGAAAACCAUAUUUUAGAAGAAGGUGAAUAAGCAGACACUGAAAACUAAAUUAUAAAUGAAGAAUUGAAUUUAGAAGAAAAAACCUAAGAAUAGGAAGCUGUCAAAGAACAAUUAGUAAACUAAGCGUUGAAAUUUAAAGAGUUAUGGGAAAAAUUCAAUUAAGAUUUUGAGUCCUCUCCUAGCAGCACUUACUUCGUUCUCUCAUCUCAUUGGCUCAGAUAUUGGAAGAAACACGUUAGCUACGAUAGAGUAAUUAAGGGUAAAGAACCUAUUUAUGAACAUUUCGCAAAGCAUGGAGACAAAUUAGAAAAUGCUAAUAAAGAUCUCAUUUAAACAACAGUUGAUUAAAGUAGUGAUUAAUAUUAUGAGUUUUCAGAGCUUAAUGAAGAUGGCUCUACUAUAAUUUUGAAGCCUUAGUUGUAAGAAAUUUAAGAUUACGCUAUAGUUGAUAAAGAUAUAGUCAAUCUUUUGUCAGAAAACUACUUAAAUUUUUAAGUUAUUCCUAGAAGAGCUUUCAAGCGUCCUGAUGGAAAAAAAGGCAUCGAAAUAUACUAUAGAAAGGUCAAUUUAAUUAUCUUGAACCAUAGUUUGUUGAAGGACAUAGAUGGAGGAAGAGCUAAAUCAUUCACAUGCAAAUAAAUUUAAUUGUUUUCAAAAGAAAACUAAGAAGAGCUUAAGCAUUUCCUAGUUCCAAUUAUUAAAAGACACUAAUACAAUUAAGCCUAUGGAUACCAAAAUUAACCUUAAAAUAUUAAUUUGCAAACAAUCAGACUUUGGAAGCUCAAAGAAAAUGACACUAUUGAAAAGGUAUUCUAGCAAUUAUUUGAAGCAACAAGAAGAUUUACAAGCUUUGAGUAUAAAUUGAAAUCUCCUAUCGUUUUUAUUGAAAGAAAUAACAACAACACUGUAGAAGAACUUAACAUAGAAGAGGAUUCUACCAUUUUUGUAGAAGUUUAACGUUAAAAUGGAUGGACACUUAAAUUAGAAGGUGAGCCUGAUGAAGACUAGUGUGAGUUCUGUAGAAACUAUAAAGUUCUAAAGUUUGAAUGCAAAUGUCAGAAGGUUAAGUAUUGCUCUGAUAGUUGUAAAUUUAAAGAUCAAGAGUACCACGCUAGAGUCUGUGAUAAGGCUGGAGAAGAUUCAGAAGAUGAAUAAGAAUAACCUUACAAAUUUGAAAACGAUUCUGUUCGUGGAUUAUGCGGCUUAUAGAAUCUUGGUAAUACAUGUUUUAUGAAUAGUGCACUUUAGUGUAUGAGCAAUACAAUCCCUUUGACUAUUUACUUUUUAAAGAAGAUUUACUUACAAGAAAUUAAUGAGUAAAAUGUACUUGGAACUCAAGGUAAAUUGGCUAAGUAAUAUGCAAAGUUUAUUAAAAAUUUGUGGACAGGUAAUUAAAGAACUUUCAGUCCUAUAGCUUUAAAGAUGGCAGUUGCUAGACUCUAAUCUAUGUUUUCUGGUUAUUAGCAGCAUGAUUCCUAAGAAUUUUUAUCUUACAUUUUGGACGGUUUGCAUGAAGAUUUAAAUAGAGUAAAAGUGAAAAAAUACACUGAAUCUAUCGAUUCGAAUGGAAGACCUGAUCAAGUUGUAGCUAAGGAAUCCUGGUUGAAUCAUUUAAAAAGAAACUAAAGUAUUAUUGUUGACUUAAUGCAAGGUUAAUUCAAGUCAAAAGUUACUUGCCCUGAUUGCUCUAAGGAAUCUAUAACCUUUGAUCCUUUCUUAACUUGCUCUUUACCUAUUCCUAAUAAGGAAAUAAAAGUAAUUAGCAUGUAUUUGAUAUUUGCAAAUAACAGGAAAACAGCAAUUGAAGUUAAAUACACCUACGAACCUGACCAAUCAAAAUAAUAAACAAUUAAAGAUCUGAAAGAGUACAUUUAAAAGACAUACUAAACUUCUUCAAACUUAAUUUUAUACUCUCUAACAUUUGACAGAGUUAAAGAUCAGUUUGAUGACGAAACUCCAUUAGAAAAUGUAAGAAAAACUUUUAAAGAACCUUAAAAGAAUGCUUUGAUGAUUGAAUACGAUGUGGAUAUCCAUGAUGAAAAUAAAAUGAAGGUAUUUUUCACUUUUACUAGGCUGAAAGAGGAAAUGUAUAUGGCAAGAAGACUAGUAAAGAGCAAUUUCACAUUUAUUAGACCAUUUAUCAUAGAAAAGAAAGCAAACAAGAAAGAUGUCCACUUAGCUCUUUUCGAAUAUUUAAAACCUAUUUUCCUCAGAAAUUCAAAACCAGAUUCAGAGUUUGCAAUUGAUGCUGAAAAAUUAAAAUUAGAUGAGCUUUAUGAAAAGUACAUCUUAAAUGUAGAAAACCCUCCUUACAGACUUUUAGUUGAAACUGAUGCUCAAGAUUAUAUUGAGAGACCUUGCACCUGGUGUAACUAAUAAAAAUGUAAGAACUGUCCUGUUCAAUACAAUGAUGAUGAAGAUCCUAUGGAAGAUUUCUCAAAAAGAUCAAAAUCUCAUUAUCACUCUUUUAGAUUUGAGUGCUUCGUUGAUUAAACCACGGAUUUUGGCAGAAUGAUAAACUCUUUACACUCACUUGAUCACAGUAGUUAAAAUAAUGACUCCAAUACUAGUGCUAGCCAUAAUUUAGAUGCUAAAACUAACAUUUAUGAUUGUUUAAAGCUAUUUGAGCAACCAGAAAGAUUAGGAGAAGAUAAUGAAUGGUAUUGUCCUGAAUGCAAAAAGCAUUAGAAGGCAUAAAAGUAAAUUGUUAUUUAUAGAGCUCCUGAUAUACUUAUCCUUCACCUUAAGAGAUUUAAAGGAUCUAGUGGUUUAUUUAAGAGUAAAUUAACAAAAGUAGUUGAUUUCCCUAUCCAAGGCCUUGAUAUGACCGAUUUUGUGAUAGAAAAAGAAACUCCAUAGUCAUAUUAUGAAUAGGAUGCAGAUUAUUUUAAAGAUAUUCACAUAAAUCCUCAAAAAGUAGAAUAAAAUCACAUAGAUGAAAGUUUUAAGUAGUCAUAACCUACACAAGAUGAAAUUGAUUAAGAAAAUAACAAAAAUCAUGAAACUAAUCACUCACCUUCAAACAACGAAGAAAUAAACAUUGAAGAAGAAUAAAAAAAUAAUGAUAGUAAAAUGGAAUAGGAGGGUGAUAAUAAAAAUGAUAAGAGAUUGUUUUAUGAUCUCUACGCUAUUACUAACCAUUAUGGUAGUUUAGGAUUUGGUCACUACACUGCAUAUGCAUAAAAUAAUAAUAGAUGGUUCUGCUUUGAUGACUCCUGUGUCAGGGAUGUUACUCCUGAUUAACUUGUGAGCGAAGCUUCCUACAUUCUUUUCUACAAAAGAAGAAAAUGA